AUGAACCAGUGGCAGCGCACACUAAGGAAGUCGCUGCGCUUUGUGGGUGUGGGACUUCACUCCGGUAAGAAAGUGGCAAUUAACCUUAUACCUGCACCAAAAGACACUGGCAUUGUUUUCCGUACUGGCAAUUUAAACUCCAACAUCCAUGCUCACAUUGCGAAUGUUCAUGCUGGGAAAAAUCAAUUAUGCUCACAAUUAACCGCCAACGGUACACUUGUAUCAACUACCGAGCAUGUGAUGGCUGCAUUGGUUGCCUCGCGGAUCAAUAACAUUUAUAUUGAUUUUGAAGAUUCGAGUCAAGCUUCUAGUUUUGAGCUACCAGCUUUGGAUGGCAGCAGUCUCGAGUACGCGGAAGGCAUUCGUCGUGCGGGCAUACAGGAGCAAGAGGGUGCAGUGCUUCAUUACUUACGUGUUAAGCGUCCGGUGCAAGUUUUAAUGCAGGAUAAGGCAGCAUGGUUUUUACCAUUUCCAACCGAUUUAAGCACUUCUCCUUCAUGUUUGCUUCCACCUACACUGCAGAUGUCAGUACAAGUGAACUUUGCACAUAAACACUUGGGUACAACGUUCUUUCGUUUCACGCUAGGUUCUGACUUGGAAGCAACACUAAACACAUUUCACCGUGAAAUCGCACCAGCCAGGACUUUUACAUUUGAAAACGAGAUUGAUUGGAUGCAUGCAAAUGGUUUGGCACGUGGUGGCACACUCGACAACGCCAUUGUAUUCUCCAAUGACGAACAAUCUACUAUUUUGAACGAAGACAGAUUGCGAUUUCCCGACGAGUGGACGCGUCACAAAAUGUUGGACUGCAUUGGCGAUCUCGGUCUUGCAGGUCUUCCUUUGCACGGAUACUUUUUUGCCACGAGUCCGGGCCACGCAUUGACCCACGAAUUGCUUCGAGAACUGUUCAGCUGUUCUGAAAAUUUCGAAGUCAGAUAG